GCGCGGCGCCGCACGCAGCCACCGGGGGCGCCCGCGGACCCCGCGCCGCCUGCCAGGCGGAGGUGUAGCCAGUUGAUUGGGUCGGGGACUGGGAGGCUUCAAAGUUGUUCGGCUCUGCCUUUACCCCUUUUCUUCCUUCUUCCAUAAAUACACUCAGACUCCCUCCUUACCCCACCCACGCGUUAACCCCACGCUGUAAGCCCUUUGUCCAGCCCCCCGUUGCGGAACCUUUUUGGUGCCGGAACCAAUGUCCUCUGCGGUCGCUCCCGGAGGACUGUUUUGGUGGAGGACUAUCAAUACUCCUAGGAGGCCCGGCCGGAGCAGUUCCGGUGGAGGAAGGCAACGAAGGCAGCGGCGAGGUUUUCGGCUUCUGUUCCUGAGAUGCACCGACCGAAUUUUCGACCCCCGACUCCUCCUUACCCCGGCCCGGGUGUAGGAGGUUGGGGUGGCGGGAGCAGCUUCCGGGGUACCCCGGGCGGGGGCGGACCGCGGCCGCCCACCCCUCGGGACGGGUACGGGAGUCCGCACCACACGCCGCCGUAUGGGCCCAGGUCUAGGCCCUACGGGAGCAGUCAGUCUCCACGGCACGGCGGCUUUCCCGGGGGCCGGUUCGGGUCUCCGUCCCCUGGCGGCUACCAUGGCUCCUACUCCAAGUCCCCCGCGGGGUCUCAGCAACAUUUCGGCUACUCCCCGGGGCAGCAGCAGACCCACCCCCAGGGUUCUCCAAGGACAUCUACACCAUUUGGAUCAGGGCGUGGUAGAGAAAAAAGAAUGUCUAAUGAGUUGGAAAGUUAUUUCAAGCCUUCAAUGCUUGAAGACCCUUGGGCUGGCCUAGAACCAGUGUCUGUAGUGGACAUAAGCCAACAGUACAGCAGUACUCAAACAUUCACAGGCAAAAAAGGAAGAUACUUUUGUUAACAUUUAUGAAAUUCAUCUGGAAGCGUCAUGUGUCAGGAACAUCUUGAAUAAAACUUACAUGUGUAAUCAAGUCGAACUCAAAGAUAAUGACUUUGAAUAAUUAGUAGGAUCUUGUUAGUAAUUUUGUCAUUGAAUAUUGUUGAUAUUAGAGAAGAAGGCAGGAUAAUUUGCAGUAUUUAGUUCUCUGGAAGUGCCUAUUACAAUUUAGAAGAUUUAUGGCUCUUUAACAUUCCUGGAUAUAUAAUGGACAUUUGUCUUUGGAUGUUUUUCAGUGUUUUAAAAUAAAACAUUUUAUCUUUCUAGCUA